AUGCAUCGCACAUCUCUGUUACAUGUUAUAUGCUUUGGAAUAACAUUCAACCUGUGGUCAUGGACGCGAGCAGAAUUGUUUACAGCCAUAUCAGAAGUCGAACCUUUAUUGGAGACUCAUAAAAAAAUAAUAGAUGAUUUGGAUGAUUAUAUUCAAAAAGAAGAGAAAAGAUUGUCCAUUUUAAAAAAGCACUUGAAUAUCUACAGGAAAGAACAUGAUAUGGCUAUGGAAGACAUUCCUAACUACUUGGGGAACCCAAUUAACGCAUUCACUCUCAUUAAAAGGCUUACAACUGACUUAGACUUCAUCGAACAGAGUAUUAAAGUCGGCACAGAAUACGUUAAAAACAUAACUGUGAGUCACGCGGAUGUCAAGUAUCCUACAUUGGAAGAUCUAACUGGAGCUGCGCAGGCACUUACAAGACUUCAAGACACCUACCAUUUGGAUAUAAGUGAAUUAGCCGAAGGACGACUUAAUGGCGUUAUUUACAGCACUCCAAUGACGGCUGGCGACUGCUACGAACUCGGACGCACGCUUUACAACGAGAAAGACUAUCAGAACUCGUUGAGCUGGAUGAUGGAAGCUCUGCGUAAAUACAACGACGAAAAAGAUGUUUACAACUUCACCGACGUUGAUAUCCUCGAGUACAUUAGCUUCUCGCAUUAUUUGUUAGGCGAUGUCCGAAAAGCAUUGGAAUGGACGAAUAAACUCUUGGAAGUGGAUCCGACGCAUCCAAGAGCGCGAGGAAAUGUGCCGCACUUCCAGAAGUCGAUCGCCGAGCAAGAGGAGAAGCUAAGAAAGAAAAGGAGAGGGGAGACUGGAGAUGGUGAAAAUGAUGAAGAUGAUGAAAAGCCUUCAAAAUUGUCACCUCUUGGCAAGGAACGAAAGGUUUACGAAGCACUGUGCCGAGGCGAAAUGGAUAUACCCAGUGAAAUUAGUAAGAAACUAAAAUGCAGUUACUUAACGGAAAACCACCCCUUCCUGAAAUUGGCGCCCAUAAAAAUGGAGCAAAUGUACAUCGCGCCCGAUGUGUUCCUGUUCCACCAGGUGAUGAGCGACGAAGAAAUCGAGGAAAUCAAGACCAUGGCCAAGCCGAGGUUCCGGCGCGCGGUGGUGCACGACCCGGCGACGGGCGAGCUGGUGGCGGCGCACUACCGCAUCAGCAAGUCGGCGUGGCUGCGCGACGACGAGGCCGCCGUGGUGGCGCGCGUGUCGCGCCGCGUGCACCACUUCACCGGCCUCUCCAUGCUGUCGGCCGAGGAGCUGCAGGUCGUCAACUACGGCAUCGGCGGACACUACGAGCCGCACUUCGACUUCGCCCGGAAAGAGGAGAACGCCUUCCAAAAAUCCAACGGAAAUAGAAUAGCUACGGUCUUAUUCUAUAUGUCAGAGGUGGCGCAGGGCGGUGCGACAGUGUUCACGGAGCUGGGGCUGAGCGUGUUCCCGGUGAAGAACGCGGCCGUGUUCUGGAUGAACCUGCACCCGUCGGGCGAGGGCGACCUCGCCACGCGCCACGCCGCCUGCCCCGUGCUGCGCGGCUCCAAGUGGGUGUCAAAUAAGUGGAUUCAUCAAGGAGGUCAAGAACUUCUUAAGCCAUGUAACCUCGAAUACCAGCGAGAAGACGUUAUGCGCAAAGUUCCAAAGCCGGUGCCUAGAACGUCAAGAUAG